CGCGUCCGUGCCCGCUCGGUGGCGCCGCGACGCCUCCGGAUUUGACUAGUUUUUCGGUUGGGUUCUUGCUGUCCGCGGCUCAGUGAGGCGUGAGUAGAGUUCCGGGUUUCGGGACUCUGGGAUCAGCGAAGGGGACUUGGGCGGAAAACCGGGUGUGAAAGGACAGCAUGAACUUUACCCCAACGCAAUCCCCUGUCUACAGAAAGCUGGCAACUGUCUCCAAGCAUGAGGCUGCCAGUGGCAUCAGCAGCCCCACCAGGUGGAAGGGGGUAUCUUUCUCUGAUUCCGUGCAGUCAACUCCCUUGCCUUCUGUCAAAGAUCGUCUGGCUGUCCUCUGCCCUUCUCAGGAGCUUUUGGAAUAUUAUCAAAAGAAGAUGUCUGAGUGCGAGGCAGAAAACGAGGGCCUGUUGCAAAAGUUGGAGCUCUACAAGGAAGCCUGCGAAGGGCAGCAUAAACUAGAAUGGGACUUGCAGCAGAGGGAGGAAGAGAUUGCUGAGCUGCAGAAAGCCCUAAGUGACAUGCAGGUCUGCCUCUUCCAAGAGCGGGAACAUGUCUUACGCCUCUAUUCGGAAAAUGACCGCCUGAGAAUCAGGGAGCUAGAAGACAAGAAAAAGAUUCAAAAUCUCUUGGCUCUCGUGGGAACAGACAGUGGAGAAGUGACCUAUUUUUAUAAGGAGCCUCCCAACAAAGUCAGCAUUCUCCAGAAGAAUAUUCAGACUAUAGAAAUAUGUGAACAGAAUGAAUCUUCAGCUCUCAGAGCAGAUUCUAAAGGAAGCAGGAGAAAACCAGCAAUGAAAGAGAAGGAGGAGAGAGCCGAGCAGCAAGAGAGAGAUGUGCAGACCCUCAUCCUCCAGGUGGAAGCGCUCCAGGCCCAGUUGGAAGAGCAGACCCGGCUCUCCCGAGAGCAGGUGUCAGGACUCAUGGAGGAGAGGCGGAUCCACAUGGAGGAAGUUCAGGUUCAUCACCAGCGACAUAGGGACAGAAUCACAGAGCUCACCAAAAGUCUCCACCACACCCAGGAACUUCUGUAUGAGAGCACCAAAGACUUCCUGCAACUCAAAUUUGAAAACCAAAAUAAAGAGACAUCCUGGAUGCUUGAAAAGGAUCAUUUGAUGUCCAAGAUCAAGCAGUACAGGGUGCAGUGUAAGAAGAGAGAAGAUAAACUUGGGAAAGUUUGGCCAAUUCAUGAGAAUCACCACAACCAAAAUGAAUAUAUCAAGUCCCUAAAGGAUAAGAUAGUUCAGGAGAAAAGGCUGUCUAACAUGUACCAAGAGCAGUGCAUUUCCCUAGAAGAAGAACUUGCCCGGAUCCGUGAGGAAGAAGGAGUGAGGAGAGAGAUCUUUAAGGAUCGCACCAACAAGAUGGGGAAGCGCCUACAGGUGAUGACAAAGCGCUAUGAGGCCUUGGAGAAUCGGCGCGCCUUAGAAGUAGAGGGCUUUAAGACGGAUAUUAAGGUUCUCCGGCAGAAACUGCGAGACUUGGAGCAGAUGCUGUAUAAGGCAACACUUAAUGCCCGGGCAAACCAGGAUCUUGCCAUUCUGUAUGAGGUUCGUGACAGCAAUAGACGAGCACAUAAGAUACAAGGAGAACUGAAGAACCUUAAGUCCAAAGUGUUUGGGCUGGAGAACGAACUGAGACUCUGCUAAUGUUUACUUUUUAGGAAUGAUACUUGUCCGAAAUAGAUCUGCUUCCUAAAAUCUGAGGGAAGGUCGACUUCUCCCAGAAACUGUAGGACCAGAGUUAUCUUGAGUAAUGGUAUCCAUUAUUACAAAUAUAGGCUGAAGAAUCAGCUUUUUUUGCAUUCUAAGCUUUGGUCUGGAUUAUAACUUGAGUUACUUAGAGAUUCUCCCAUAUUAUUUCUCUCAUUUACAGGGGUUGGGGUCGGGGGUGUUGUUUGUUUUUUGGCUGUGCCCUUGGCAUACAGAAGUUCCCAGGCUGGGG